GCCAAUCUCCAGCUCGAAGUGUAUGAUACCGCGAUCCAGCUAUAUGUGAGCCAUAAUAUGCUCCCCAUAGUUCCAUGGUAUCACUUUUAGAAAUUUCAUUUAUUUCUGUCAUACAUAUUUUCCCAGAUGUAAUGCAUAUUUUUUUUUUUCUUUUUGGAUAUUCGAAUUAUUCACCUUUCAAGCGAACGACGACGUUUGGUAGCGUCACAUUGAUUAUUAUCAAGUAUUCAAGUUACUCCAAAACUUCCAGGCGAGAGAGAUCAGAAAACGGAAGAAAAGGUGAUGAGAGAGUUAGUCUCUUCUGAUCAUCACUUCUUCAUCUUCAACCAUUGAUCGGAUCACAUUUUGUUUAUCGAAUUCAAUCGAAGAUUACCGAUUUUGAUUCGAAAUUCUCCUGUUUUGAUUUCACCCUCCAGCGGUGAUCGGAGAAUUUCGCCAUGUCGUGGGGAUUAGGAUGGAAGAGAUCAUCGGAGAGUUUCCGUUUAAGUCUCAGCUACGGCGCCGAUGAUCUGAACGACGAUCCGAUUCAAUCACCGUCGGCGUCUCCAUUCGGAUCUCCAACGUCGAUGUCUUCUACAUGUUCUUCUCCAUCCGCCGUGGAGGAUCCUGAAUUAGGGUUUCGGAUUGAUUUAGAUUGGACGGCAGGCGAUUCGGAGGAUCAGGUAGCGUUGCGAUUGGAAUCGCAGCUGAUGGUGGCUUUGCCUGCACCGCAUGAUACAGUAGUGGUUGAAUUGAAGGGAAUUGGCGAUGACGAUGAAGGUGGUUUAGAGAAUGUUGGAUUAGAGAUGAGAGUUGAGAAACGGAGAGAGCCGUUACGAGCAGUUACAUUGAUGAAAGCGGUUGGUUCCGGUCAGCAGUACGACGGUGUCGGCGUUUUGACAAGGCUAAUGCGGUCUGAUAUGAUGCCUGCAGCCAUUCCUGCGCCGGCUAUCGACGUUGCUUCUUCUUGUGGGGUGCAUUGGAAGACUGUGACUUCGUUGAGUCUAUCUGGUUGUGGUUUAUUGGUAAUGCCAGUUGAAGUGACUGAGUUACCUCUGCUUGAGAAGCUAUGCCUUGAGCACAAUAAACUGUCAGUUUUGCCACCUGAGAUAGGGAAGCUGAAGAACCUUAAGAUACUUAGGGUUGACAAUAACAUGCUUAUUUCUGUCCCAGUGGAACUAAGACAGUGUGUAGGUCUUGUUGAAUUGUCGUUGGAACACAAUAAACUUGUCCGGCCUCUUCUUGAUUUCAGGGCGAUGGCUGGGUUACGAAUUCUACGGCUUUUUGGUAAUCCCCUUGAAUUCCUUCCGGAAAUUUUACCUUUGCAUCAGCUUCGUCACUUGUCUCUUGUAAAUAUCAGAAUUGUGUCUGAUGAGAAUCUAAGAUCAGUAAAUGUACAGAUAGAGACAGAAAACACUUCCUAUUUUGGGGCAUCUAGGCACAAGCUCAGUGCCUUCUCUCCCCUUAUAUUCCGUUCGUCGUCUUGUCAUCAUCCUCUUCUAGCAUCUACAUUGGUGAAGAUAAUGCAAGAUGAAGGAAAUCGUUCUGUUAUUGGUAAAGAUGAAAAUGCGGUGAGGCAGCUUAUAAGUAUGAUAACUAGUGACAAUCAACACGUGGUUGAGCAAGCUUGUGUUGCUUUAUCAUCUCUUGCUCGAGAUGUUGGCGUAGCAAUGCAGCUGAUGAAGUGUGAUAUAAUGAAGCCGACUGAAACAGUUCUGAAAUCUUCGUCCCCAGACGAAGUGAUAUCCGUUUUACAAGUCGUGGUCACCUUAGCUUUUGUAUCUGAUUCCGUUUCUCAGAAGAUGCUCACCAAGGAUAUGCUAAAAGCUUUAAAAUCCUUGUGUGCCCAUAAGAAUCCUGAAGUUCAAAGACAAGCCUUAUUAGCAGUUGGGAACUUGGCCUUCUGUUUAGAAAAUCGUCGUAUUCUGAUUACUUCAGAGAGUUUGAGAGAGUUAUUGAUGCGGUUAAUUGUCACACCUGAACCACGAGUCAACAAAGCUGCGGCUCGAGCUUUGGCAAUUCUUGGAGAAAAUGAAAUUCUGCGACGUUCCAUAAAAGGCAGGCAAGUACCAAAACAGGGACUGCGGAUACUCACCAUGGAUGGAGGAGGAAUGAAAGGUCUUGCAACGGUGCAGAUUCUUAAGGAGAUUGAGAAGGGAAGUGGCAAGCCUAUUCAUGAACUAUUCGACCUUAUAUGUGGCACAUCAACAGGAGGAAUGCUAGCUAUUGCCCUUGGUGUCAAGCUUAUGACAUUGGAACAAUGUGAAGAAAUUUACAAGAAUCUAGGAAAGCUUGUUUUUGCUGAAUCUGUCCCAAAGGACAAUGAAGCUGCAAGCUGGCGGGAAAAGUUGGAUCAGCUAUAUAAAAGUUCAUCGCAAAGUUUUAGAGUUGUUAUCCAUGGAUCUAAGCACAGUGCAAACGAGUUUGAGAGACUGUUAAAGGAAAUGUGUGCUGAUGAGGAUGGAGAUUUACUAAUAGAAUCAGCUGUGAAGAAUGUUCCAAAAGUAUUUGUUGUAUCUACUCUUGUUAGUGUGAUGCCUGCGCAACCAUUUAUAUUUCGGAACUACCAGUAUCCUGUUGGAACACCGGAAAUGUCGUAUGCAUUUUCAGAUCAUUCAGGCGGCAGUACACUAACUUCAUCAACUGCCAGUGAUCAAGCUGGCUACUACAAGCAAAGUGCUUUUAUGGGAAGUUGUAAGCAUCAGGUUUGGCAAGCGAUACGAGCAUCAUCAGCUGCUCCAUAUUAUCUUGAUGAUUUUUCAGUUGACUCAUAUCGCUGGCAAGAUGGUGCAAUAGUGGCAAACAAUCCUACAAUCUUUGCCAUCAGAGAAGCACAACUUCUAUGGCCUGACACAAAAAUUGAUUGCUUGGUUUCGAUUGGCUCUGGCUCUGUACCAACAAGGGUACGGAAAGGUGGAUGGCGUUAUUUAGAUACUGGGCAAGUACUGAUUGAGAGUGCAUGCUCAGUGGAACGUGUUGAAGAAGCUCUAAGCACAUUGCUCCCUAUGUUGCCAGAAAUACAAUAUUUUCGGUUCAACCCAGUUGACGAUCGCUGUGGAAUGGAGUUGGAUGAGACUGAUCCAGCGAUCUGGCUAAAAUUGGAAGCUGCGAUUGAAGAAUUCAUACAAAGCAAUCCCCAAGUAUUUAAAAACGUAUGCGAGAGAUUAACACUCCCCUUCCUAAACGAUGAGAAAUGGUGUGAUAAUUUGAAACCACGAUUUAUGAAUGGAAAGCUACCAAAUAGCAGAGUAGAGAGCAGUCCUUCUCUUGGAUGGAGACGCAAUGUUUUGCUUAUGGAGGCUCAGCAUAGUCCUGACUCAGGGAGAGUAAAGUAUCAUGCUCGUGCGCUCGAGUCAUUUUGUUCGAAUAAUGGAAUAAAGUUAUCCUCAUUACAUACUACUGCUACUCCUGGAUGCCAAAAACCAUCUCCAGGAACUGCUUUUCCCACACCAUUUACCUCUCCUCUUAUAACUGGAAGCUUGCCUCCGAGCCCCCUUCUCUUCACUCCUGAGCUUGGCCCACAAAAGUUCAAUAGGAUUGAUAUGGUUCCGCCACUUAGCUUGGAUGGGGGACAUGUUGGGAAGACGGUUAUGUCGCCUCCAUCAUCUCCUCCGCGACAAAGACAACUCUAUCUUCCACUACGACAGAUGCAUGAAAAGUUACAGAAUUUACCCCAAGUGGGGAUCUUACAUCUCUCACUUCAAAAUGAUUCUAAUGGUUCAAUACUGAGUUGGCAAAAUGAUGUAUUUGUGGUUGCUGAACCUGGAGAUCUAGCUGAUAAGUUUCUCCAAAGCGUCAAAGUCAGUAUAUUGUCAGUCAUGCAAAGUAAUCGCCGAAAGGCUGCAUCAGUUCUUUCCAAUAUCUGUUCAAUCUCGGAUUUGGUGCGUAGCAAGAAAUGCUUCCAAGUUGGAAAUAUCAUCCACCGUUAUAUUGGACGCCAGACCCUAGUGAUGGAAGAUGAUCAAGAAAUUGCAUCGUUUAUGUUCCGCAGAACUGUACCUUCGGCACACUUGACUCCUGAUGAUAUUCGCUGGAUGGUAAUGUUGUUACUUGACUUUUGUAUACCUAAAAUUGCCGAAAGGCUAGCUUUUGCUCACAUAUAUUUACUCUCGCAUUCCUUAAAAGGCUAGCUUCUACGAAAAUAUUGUCCGUAUACUUAUGUUCAGUUUGUUUGACGGGUACAGAACCCAAACCAUCAAAGCUAGUGAUAAACAUAAGGAAGGCUAAUAAGAAGAAGGCCAAAAGUUUGUCUUAUGCUAUGAACAUCUUAUCUGAAACAGGUAGGAGCAUGGAGAGAUAGGAUAAUAGUCUUCUCAGGAACAUUUGGACCAACACAAGCUGUAGUUAAAGCCUUUUUGGACUCUGGUGCCAAAGCUGUGAUUGGUCCAUCAAACGAGCCACAAGAGACACCACUAAUCACAUCCCAAGGCUCAUCUGAGUACAACAUUGGAGAUCAGAACGGGAAGUUUGAGAUUGGAGAAGAAGAAGACGAAGAUGAAGAAGUAAACGAGGAAACGGAAAGGGAAGAGAUGGAACCACCGACACCGACAAGUGACUGGGAAGAUAGCGACCACGAGAAAACAAACAGAGACGGUAAGUAUUGUGGUCUUUGGGAAGAUGAUGAAGAAGAAGUGUCUGAAUUUGUUUGCCAGUUAUAUGAUCAGUUGUUCAGAGAGAACUCAAGAGUUGAUGUUGCUCUUCAAAAAGCUCUUGCCUCUCAUCGAAAGCUCAGGUACACUUGUCAUCUUCCUAAUGUAUAGAAAGACAAAAUUACAAAUUUUAUUAAUUUUUAUACUUUUUUGACCCGUGGGGAGAGGAAAGAAAUUGAGAGAAAGAAAAACAAUAACAUUGUCGAAGUUUUGUUCGUUUCUGCAAAUAAAAGUAUCAAAUAAGUUCAUUGCGUUUGAAGCAUUUAAGAGGUAUGAGGAAGAAA